CGACGCCGUGACAAUCUCCGCCGACACCACCACUGCAAUCAUGAGCGUACGACAAGCACCGUCCUACCAGCAGGGCGCGCCGACACGGCAGGUGGACGACGACUCCGACGUCGAAGAGGAGGCGCUCGCCAACGACUUCCGCGAGCAGGCGGGCUAUGGCGGCGAUGAUGGAUAUGGCUUGGAGCAGGUGGACUCAUACGGAGGAGGUGGACAAGAUCUGCAAGCGCAGCUGCAGGCGGCGGCGACGCCGCUCGAAUAUGGCGCGUCCACGGAGUUGAAGAUUCAGAGCUAUGACAGCUACUGCAAUCUGUUCCACUUCAUUUUGAACAGCGAAGGGCCAGUCGACAUCGAGGUGCCAUCGUACUUCUGGGCAUGGGACGUGAUCGACGAGUUCAUCUACCAGUUCAACUCAUUCUGCUCUUUCCGUCAGCGCGUGGCUUUCCAACAGAACAACGAGGAGGAAAUCGCAAUCCUGCGCGAAAAUCCGAACACCUGGGGCUGCUAUUCGGUCUUGAACGUCCUCUAUUCCCUUAUCCAGCGAUCACAGAUUAGCGAGCAGUUGGCCGCACGAAAGCGAGGCGAGGAUGCUUCACUAUACGCCGGCGAAUACGGCAACAGGCCACUCUACCAGAUGCUGGGAUACUUCUCCAUUAUUGGAUUGCUGCGAGUGCACUGCUUGCUCGGUGACUUCAGCCUGGCACUCAAGACUCUGGACGACAUUGAACUCAACAAGAAGGCCAUGUUCGCCCGUGUCAUGGCAGCCAACUUCACCACCUACUACUACAUCGGUUUCUCAUACAUGAUGAUGCACCGAUACGCAGACGCUCUCCGCGCCUUCAACCACAUCCUCAUCUACGUCUCAAGGACGAAGAACUUCCAGAAGGGUGCUCAAUACGACAGCAUCAGCAAGAAGAACGAUCAGAUGUACGCACUGGUCGCCAUCUGUGUCGCUUUCCACCCAACGAGACUCGAUGACACCAUUCACACCGCUCUUCGCGAGAAGUAUGGCGAGCAGCUCACUCGCAUGCAGCGCGGAGGUCCAGAAGCUCUCCCUAUCUUUGAAGAGCUCUUCCGCAGCGCUUGCCCUAAGUUCAUCUCGCCCACACCUCCUGACUUUGACAACCCGCAAAUCAACGUCGACCCCGUCGAGCACCACUUGGCGAUCUUCAUGGAAGAGGUCAAGAACAACAUCUACACGCCUACCGUUCGCAGCUACUUGAAGCUCUACACCACCAUGGAUCUCACGAAACUUGCUGGUUUCCUCGAAGUCGACGCCGAUACCCUCCGCAGCUGGCUCCUGGUCAACAAGCAGCGCAGCCGACAAGUCCGACACACCGGAGACGGCGGACUCCUCGAAGGUGACAUCGUGAACACCAGCGACCUCGACUACGCCAUGGAAGGCGACAUCAUCCACGUCAGCGAAGCCAAGGUCGGCCGGAGGCUAGUAGAUUGGUACCUUAGGAACUUGGCGCGGACGUACUAGAAGCAAAGAUGGGGCAAGAUGACUGCGACAUGCUGCAAAAGUACGCGGCGUUUAUGGUGUAUGAGCUGGACGGCAGCCAUGGGGUACAAGGUAUGAGGUAUGCAUAGCAAGGCGUACCGGCAUGAAUGAGACGCAGCGGCUCGGCCACUCGCAGGGCUAUCCUCUGCAUAGGUCAAAUGAAUCACAAAAGAAAAUUUGAUACCACAUUGUGCAUUUCCUCCUUCAUGCUAUCGUUUCAAUUCUCGCAAUCUAAUCUUCUGGCCCAGGUUUGCAUGUCCACUACAACUCCAUGCGGCCCGAGCGCCAAUAUGUACCACUCCGCUUAGUCGACAUCAACACAUCGCUGAUACUCAUUCAACACAUACGACAAGAUGAUUGCCAACCUCUAUCGUACCAUGGCUUUCGAACACAUUCUCCAGCGCUUCAUCGACGACACCCACCAGAGAUCAUGGCCGCGACCCUCCUCAACAAUCUUCUCAUUCCACCUUUCGCCAACCCACUCCUAAAACCGACGUGAUUCGUAAUUCUCGUUGUUUGCACUGCAGCAGCAGUAGCAGCAAUUUCCGCAUCCUGUCUCAUAAGCCAUUCCUCUUCAAAAUUUCGCAUUCUUGCAGUACUCUCAUCAAUGUAGCGCGUUGAAGUCGCUGUGGCGAUGUGAACGCGAGUGUAUGCAUCUGCGCUUGCGUGAUUGCUGUUGUCGUUUCGGGUUCCAGAAAGGUCCCGAUCAAUGUAGCUUUGCUUUUCGAGGCUCUGAUACUCCGUUGUUGUGGAGGAAGCGGUAGAGCGAUUCAUGUUUUGCAUGUGUGUGAGAUGUCUCACUCGUGUCUUGUGGUUUGGUUGUGUAGCUCGGGGCUUGUGGUUUCUGCUUUGCUGCCUAGUUUGUCUUGUUCUUUUUGUGUGUCUGAGCGAGAGUAAGAUUUGACGCCAGCGUCAAUAAGUCAAUCAAUUUGAGAGUGCGAGAGUCGCUGUCUUUGCUGCUGUUUGAGAAUAGGAAGGAGAAAGGAGAGGGAGAGAGACUGGGCUUUGGCCUAGAGCAGAGCGCUGGAUUGGCUGUGAAUGGGUCGCUCUAAUUCAGGACUGCGGAGCUCUUCACUGUCUUUUGCGCGCUUUCCUGCAUUAUGCUUUGUACUGGCUGCGCUGCGCGCUGUGGCGUCUGCUUGGGCUUGGUCUCAAUUGAGCACUGCUGGCGCGGCAGGAGUUCUGCAGGAUUUGGUAGCAGCCUUAUACUGUGACUAGGCGUGGCCAUCUUUGUGCUUGCCUUGAUGGUUCCCUAGCCCAUUCAGAGUUCGUCUGCCUUGACCGCGAGUUGGAAGCUGACAUAGCUUCAGAAGAUGUGGCGGGGACGAGUUGGUCUGCAGAAGCUUUGGAAUGCUCUGGAGCUUGUGCUAGAGGACUGCUCGCGUUCCAUGAUCUUGAUUUGCGUCCUAAGUUGUGGUCCGCUCACUCUCCAGCCUCGAAGGUCCUCCGUCUCUCGAUCUCUGCUCUGAGUUCGUCCGAGUCCAAAGGCACGCGGCGGCCGCUCCAUCUCUGCUUUUCUGCAAGCGCAAACCCUUCGAUACUUCUCAGCGCAACAACGAGAAAGCCAAGCUCCUCGCGAUCCACAUCAAAGAUCUCCCACCAUUCAACUUCUGGAAGCUUCACAUUAG